GCUGAAGCGGCGCCACACAAGUGCCACCGCUCGCCCGGAGAAGACCUAGGCAAGGGGAGAGCAAACUAAGCCCGGAGCUCCAUCCCUCCUCUACACGGUUCCUCCAGGCAGACCCGGCGGUUCCGCGCCCCCGCGCGAUACAUUUCGCAGCCACUUCGCGGGGCGUGCCUGGACUUGGGUCGUAGAUCGGAAAGAGCCAGGCGCGAGGCAACGGCGGCCCAGGAGCGAGGGUGCGCUCACUGGGACUGGAAAGGAAGGAGUGAGUGGCGGACUGGGCGGCGGCGGCUGUAGCCGCGGGUGCCUCCCCACCUCUCCGCUUCACGGGCAGCACCGCCUCCAGGGCCGGGGCCGCUCGGCCGGGUCUUCUGCGCGUUCCCGGGCCCGGAGCCGGCGCACGAUGCGCCCGGCUGCCUUCUGAUCGCUGCUGCGCCUCCGCCUCCGCCGAGAUGAUCCCCCCUGAGCCGCCACAACAGCAGCUGCAGCCGCCACCACCGCCAGCCCCGCCGAACCAUGUGGUGACCACCAUAGAGAACCUGCCGGCCGAGGGCAGCGGUGGCGGUGGCGGGAGCCUGUCCGCUUCCUCCCGGGCUGGCGUGCGCCAGAGGAUCCGCAAAGUGCUGAACAGGGAGAUGUUAAUCUCCGUGGCUCUGGGUCAAGUGUUAUCUCUUCUUGUUUGUGGAAUUGGCCUGACCAGCAAGUACCUGUCAGAAGAUUUCCAUGCUAAUACACCAGUCUUCCAGAGUUUCCUCAAUUACAUCCUUCUCUUCUUGGUCUAUACCACCACCCUAGCUGUCAGACAAGGUGAAGAAAACCUCCUGGCAAUUUUACGACGAAGAUGGUGGAAGUAUAUGAUCCUGGGACUGAUAGACCUGGAAGCCAAUUACCUGGUGGUCAAGGCUUACCAGUACACGACCCUGACCAGCAUCCAGCUCCUGGACUGUUUUGUGAUCCCAGUGGUGAUUCUGCUCUCCUGGUUCUUCCUGCUGAUCCGGUACAAGGCUGUGCAUUUCAUCGGCAUUGUUGUCUGCAUCCUGGGAAUGGGCUGCAUGGUAGGAGCCGAUGUGCUCGUGGGAAGGCAUCAGGGAGCAGGGGAAAAUAAGCUGGUAGGGGACCUUCUGGUCUUAGGCGGAGCCACACUCUAUGGUAUCUCUAACGUCUGGGAAGAAUACAUCAUCCGAACCUUGAGCCGAGUGGAAUUCCUGGGAAUGAUUGGUCUCUUUGGUGCAUUUUUCAGUGGAAUCCAAUUAGCUAUUAUGGAGCAUAAGGAGCUGUUAAAGGUGCCCUGGGAUUGGCAAAUAGGACUGCUCUAUGUUGGCUUUAGUGCCUGCAUGUUUGGUCUCUACAGCUUUAUGCCAGUUGUCAUAAAGAAAACCAGCGCCACCUCGGUCAACCUCUCUCUGCUCACAGCGGAUUUGUACAGCCUGUUCUGUGGAUUGUUUCUCUUCCACUACAAGUUUUCAGGACUUUAUCUCUUGUCUUUCUUCACCAUCCUUAUCGGGCUAGUGCUGUACUCCUCCACCUCCACCUACAUAGCCCAGGACCCCCGAGUGUACAAGCAGUUCCGCAAUCCUUCAGGACCUGUUGUGGACUUACCAACCACAGCUCAGGUGGAGCCUUCAGUCACCUACACCAGCCUGGGCCAGGAGACAGAAGAGGAACCCCACGUUCGUGUGGCCUAG